AUGUCGGAUUGCAGAUCGAAGGGGCUCCACUACACAGUCAAGAACAUUCGAGACAAGCGGACAGCUGGAGUCGAGUGCCUGAUUUGUGGAUUGUGUGGAGACUUGGAUAAACUUAAGAGGUUGCCAUGCUUGGCGGAGCCUGCUGACAAGGAGCCUGAACCUGCAGUGCUCACGUGCGAUGAGAAAGCUGCCCAGGAUGCAGCUGCAGUGGCUAGUGCAGAGUCGGAAUUUCGCAGGUUGCAAGAGACGGAAGACCGAAAGGUCGCUUUGGAGUUGAUGGAGCUUCAAAGGCAGGAAGCUGAACUUGAGCAGAUGGUGCUGCUUCACCAGCUUCAGACAGAGGAGGCUGUUCUACAAGGACUGCUCAAUGAGCAGCGAGCUUUGGCUUUGGCUGAGGCAGCAGUUGCCAAGAAGCUGGAGUUUAGCCAUGAAAGCAGCCCUGAGCAGAAGCCCACCGAGCCCAACCACCCAAGGCGAGCCCAAGCGCACAGCCAGCUCGAACCAGAAACCAUGUGUGUCGGCAAGAUUCCCGAACCUCUGGUCAGCAUAGUGCCCGAGAACCUUCCGUAUGGCACGGAUGAUAUGGACACCUGUCCGACAUGGCUUGGCUAUGGGGAAGACAUGAUCACCGGAGAUGCUUUGCCAGAAGCGGAGGCUGCCAAACUUGUGGAGUCCAGUGAGAACCUUGCAGUGGUUUCCAGCGAGAUCAACAAGGUUGGGGAGUCCAGUGAGAAGCUUGGGGUUUCCAGCAAGAUCAACAAGGUUGGGGAGUUCAGUGCGAAGCUUGUGGUUUCCAGCGAGAUCAACACGGUUGGGGAGUCCAGUGGGAAGUGUGUGGUUUCCAGCGAGAUCAACACGGGGGUUGGGGAGUCCAGUGAGAAGCUUGGGGUUUCCAGCAAGAUCUGCAAGGGUGAGGAGUCCAGUGAGAAGCUUGGGGUUUCCACCGAGAUCAGCAAGGUUGGGGAGUCCGAGUCCAGUGAGAAGCUUGGGGUUUCCAGCGAGAUCAACACCGGGGUUGGGGAGUCCAGUGAGAAGCUUGUUUCCAGCAAGAUCGACGAGGGAGUCGGCAGGGAUUCUCAGAUGUAUGGGGUGACCAUCGACAUCGACAACAAGUCUUCGGCUUCUGGUGAGGGUUGUGGUUCGCAGCCUGCUUCCGAGAACAAGAAGAAGAACAGUGUCUGCAUUGCCAAUGACAAGAAGGCUGCAAAGGCUUCCGAUAAGAAGGUUGUGGUUUCCGACGGCAAGCGUAGGCAUGCUGAUGAGAGCCCCAGCAAGAAGCCUGCUUCGUCCGAGCAGGUGGUGCCUGACUUCCCUGUGGAUGAAGCACCCGCAAUCUCGCCUGCUGAGCAGACGAAAGUGUCAGGUGCUCAGCCGAAUCGGCGGGGCAAGGGAAAAAAGAAAAUCGUCGUGCCUGAUGAAGACGAUGAUGGUGAUGAUCAUCACGAUGACGAGGAUCAUCACGAUGAUGAUGCUGACAGCUCUGGCGGCACGAAGACCAGAGCUGCAAAAGGUCGUGGCCGAGGUCGAGGCCGUGGCUCUCGCGGCGGUCGUGCAUGCAGUGCUGCAGGUGCCCGCGGUCGCGGUCGUGGGCGAGGGCGAGGCAAGAAUAUGGACAAGGAGGUUGUGAGCCCACGUGGGGCAUCGGCCAAGCGCUGCCUGGAGGAUGAUGCCGAGACGCCUGGAAGUACGACCAAGAAGGGGCCAGUCAAGAAAGGCAGCAAAGGUGGGAAGGAUGAGAAGCCCGCUGAAACUGCGAGCACGGAUGUAAAAUCCCGGGCACCCAAGUCAGCCCCCAAGGCUAAGGCAACACCCAAGGCAGCCCCGAAGGCUAAGGCAACACCCAAGGCAGCACCCAAAGCAAAAGGCAAGAGUCAGGCUGAUGCCAGUCAGAGGACACCGGAGGAGCAGGAGCGAAGAGCCCGCUUGAGUCGAAAGAGUGUGGCCUACCACAAGGCCAAGCUCGAGGCAACGAGAGCGGGAAAGUCCAUGGAGGAUGCUGUUGCACUGGCCAAGAAGGUAUCAUGA